AUGAUCUAUCAGCUUUGUCGGCACUCGCAGUACCACACUACCUCAGGAGAACGAUCAAGGAAUAGCCUGAUCCAAAACGCUUACAAUUCUCUACUGCGAGGCAUUCCGUCCAUCGAUGUCACGGGAGAUUUUAUUCCUUGUGAACUUUUGCUCACCGGAGACCAAGCCUUCCCGGUGCUUAUAGGUUCGAACGGGCAAGUUCUGAUUGCAGCAGCCCAAUAUGGGAAAGGCCGGGUGGUGGUCACUGCCCAUGAAUCCAUGAUACAGCUUCCACAGUUCUUGCCGUUCAUUAAAAAUGCCCUGGACUGGCUCAGGCCUUCCCCAACGGCACUCAUAGGAGUCCAUGGAAGUCUGGAUGCCCUCUCCAAAUUGCUCCUCAGUAAUGGCAUUAAAGUUCAACCAGAUGCAACCCUUGAGGACCCCCUGGGAGUAUUCUUCAGAGAUGCCUACGAUAGCGCACAGGCUGAUGACCUUGUGCAGUUCAUAAAAAGGGGUGGGGGUCUGCUCAUUGGUGGCCAAGCCUGGCUGUGGUCACAUCAGCAUGGGAAGGAGGGAGUCCUGGUUCAAUUUCCUGGAAAUCUGAUGACUGGUGCAGCUGGAGUAUAUUUCACUGCCAGGGAGGGAGAAAAUGGGAUCUUCUGCGUCCCUGAAAAAAUAUGGAAUGAUCCUAGUAUCCUUCAACCAACAACUAGCUCCAUCAACAUCCAACAUGAUUACAAUUCUCUGGUGCAAGGUAUUCAGUUCAUUGAUGUCAGGAGAGAUUUUAUUCCUUGUGAACUUUUGCUCACCGGAGACCAAGCUUUCCCACUGCUUGUGGGUUCAAACGGGCAGGUUCUGAUUGCUGCAUCCCAAUAUGGGAAAGGCCGGAUGGUGGUCGCUGCGCAUGAAGCCAUGAUACAGCUUCCAGAGUUCUUGCCGUUCAUUAAAAAUGCUCUGGACUGGCUCAAGUCUUCUCCAACGGCACGCAUAGGAGUCCACAGAAGCCUGGAGGCCCUCUCCAAGUUGCUCCUCAGUAAUGGCAUUAAAGUUCAACCAGAUGCAACACUUGAGAGAUCCCUUGGAGUAUUCUGCAGAGAUGCCUACGAUAGUGCACAGGCUGAUGAUCUUCUGAAGUUUGUAAAGAGAGGCGGUGGACUGCUCAUUGGUGGCCAAGCUUGGCACUGGUCAUCUGAACAUGGGAAGGAGGGAGUCCUGAUUUAUUUUCCUGGAAACCUGGUGACCAGUGUGGCUGGAGUGUAUUUCACUGGCAAUGUGGGAGAAAAUGGGGUUUUCCCUGUGCCUGAAAAAAUUCCCAGGAUUCCCCUGUUCACCGAGCAUGGAUUAGACAUAGAAAGGGAUCUCACGGAUCUUUUGAAUGGAGUGGAGAGAUUCAACUUCAGGGGUCUAAUGAUACCAUCUCCCUUGCUUAUCCAUGGAGCCUUGGCAUUUCCAGUUGGCAUAAGUGAUACCUACGACGCCUUCCUGGCAGCUGCCUACUAUGGCCGAGGACGCAUUAUAGUCUUCUCUCGUGAAGGCUUCCUUACGAUGUCAUCCAUGAUCAUUUUCUUCUUCAAUGCCAUCACUUGGCUUUCUGCUGGAAGGGUAAGAAAGGUGGGCGUUGCAUACAGUUUACCGGAACUUUACUCCAUGUUAAAUCAAACCAUAUUUCCCUGUGAGCUAACCAACUUUAAGAAAGGUCUGGGCAUAUACUGUUGUAAGGUCUACGAUGUCACAGCGGUGGAAAGGAUCCAGGAAUUUGUCUCUGAAGGAGGAGGACUCCUAAUUGGGGGUCAGUCUUGGCAUUGGGCUUCUGUGAAUCCUGACUCCAGUGCUAUUGCAGAAUAUCCAGGAAAUAAGAUCCUGAAUAAGUUUGGGAUUGGGAUUGUUGGAAAAUUCCUUGAAGUAUCUGAAACCAACUAUCCCGCUGGAGAGGCCAGCGAAGUAGCUUCCACUUAUCAUUUCCGGAAAGCAUUCUUGAAGUUCAAGGAACAUAUUCGAAACGAGCAGAUUCUACAACCACCGUAUUCCUUGUGGUUCCAGAAGUUGGCGCAAGACAUUGCGAUAUUCCUUGAGAUCCCAGCUAUGAACUCCCGUUCUUUCUCUUCGGUUCAUGAAGAAGUUGUAGAGUUGGUUCAAAUUAAUGGGAUUCCUGAGGUCAGUGUGCACAGGUCAAUCCACGCCAAUACAGACCACGCCAUCUUACUUCAAAUAGCUUCUGUGCUCUAUAACGUUCUGCCAGAGUUUCAAGCCUUAGUACCCAGCCUGAUGCCAAAUGAUCCAAAUUCUUAUCCUACAGCACCUCCUCAAAACAUUCAAAUCAACGGAAGCAACACAGAUUCCAAGCACACUGACUAUCCGAUCAUCAUGAAUUUGUGGGCUGUGCCUGCCCUCGUAGACGUGCAAGCUUUCUACGCCAAAGGAACCUGGGGCCCAAUCCACGAACUGGGUCAUAACCAGCAGAAAAUUGGAUGGGAGUUCUCACCCUAUACGGAGGAAGCCACCUGCAACCUCUUUUCCGUUUACGUCAAUGAGACCGUGCUGAGCAUCCCCCGGGAAACAGCCCACCCACAGCUUCAACCGCAGGCAAGGAAGGAGAGGAUUGAGAAGUACAUUAGAAAUGGAGCUAAUCUGAAGGAUUUUGAAGUGUUCACUGCACUUGAACCCUACUUGCAGGUAAGAAAGCU